GGUUGGAAAUUUUCUUUUCCCAGCCCUUCUUUUCUUUUCUCACCAAAAACUAUCAAUCCAAACAGAGUGUAAACAAUCUAGGGUUUUUCUUUGCCAAAACCCCUGGAUUCUCAUGGGAUUUUGAAGAACCGACUCUUCCAUGGCCAUUUCCACAGGUUUGGGAUUCGCUUACCGACCCCAUUUUCAUCUCAUCCGCCCUUCUCUUCUCCAUUUCGUCCGAAAGGUUCGAUUCAGCUCUGUUGCAGCAUUUGAAACAGUUGAUGAACCAGAGAGUCUCAUCAAAGACAAUAACAAUCACGAUUCGGUUACUUCCAGUGGAAGAGUAGUUGAAAGCGGUUUUAAUGCGUCGGAAUGGAAGAGAUUGAGUUCGAAAGAACUUGGAAUCAGUAAUUCUAUGAUUGCAAAACCUACUAGAAUUGUUCUGAAUGGGCUUAAAAGAAAAGGAUUUGAAGUUUACCUUGUGGGAGGUUGUGUACGUGAUCUUAUUUUGAAGCGAACACCAAAGGACUUUGACAUAAUAACUUCAGCUGAACUUAAGGAGGUGAUGAGAACAUUUUCACGAUGUGAAAUAGUUGGACGACGGUUUCCGAUCUGCCAUGUCCACAUUGAGGAUAAAAUUGUUGAGGUAUCAAGUUUUAGCACCUCUGCCCCAAAGUUUGGUAGGGAGUCAAGUUCUGAUUUUGAAAGUCCUAUUGGCUGUGAUGAGAAGGAUUAUAUCCGCUGGAGGAAUUGCUUGCAGCGGGACUUCACAAUAAACGGUUUGAUGCUUGAUCCGUAUGCAAAUUUAGUCUAUGACUACAUGGGAGGACUGGAAGAUAUUAAAAAAGCUAAAGUGCGAACUACAAUUCGUGCAAGUCAUUCAUUUCUAGAGGAUUGUGCUCGAAUACUACGUGCAAUUAGAAUUGCUGCUCGUUUAGGGUUCCGCUUUACAAGGGAGACAGCUCACAGUAUAAAAAAUUUAUCCUGUUCAGUUCUAAGACUUGAUAAGGGAAGAAUUCUCAUGGAAAUGAAUUACAUGCUAGCAUAUGGUUCUGCAGAAGCUUCGUUGAGGUUAUUAUGGAAAUUCGGUCUUCUUGAGAUACUUCUACCAAUUCAAGCAGCGUAUUUUGUUCAACAAGGUUUUAGGAGACGGGACAAGAGAUCUAACAUGCUUUUGUCUUUGUUCUCUAACAUGGACAAACUUUUGGCACCCGACAGACCCUGUCACAGUAGCUUGUGGGUUGGGAUGUUAGCAUUUCAUAAAGCACUCUCAGACCAACCUAGAGAUCCUCUGGUGGUUGCUGCAUUUAGCCUUGCUGUUCACAACGGUGGAGAUAUGUUGGAAGUUUCAAACAUAGCAAUGAGGAUCUCUAUACCACAUGACAUGAGCUUUCAUGAGUUGUUGCAACCUCAGAAUCUCGAUGUUGAGUCGUUGAAAGAUGAGGUUGUGGAUCUCGCAGCGUCAGUUAAAUGUGUACUGACUAAAAUGACCGAUGAGUAUUUUGUCUCACAGGCAAUGUCCAUGUACCACAAAGCACCGUACUCGGAUCUGGUAUUUAUCCCAUUAGGAUUGUAUUUGAGAACGUGCAGGAUUUUUGAGUGUGCGAGGGAGGAGGGUAAGGAAAAGGGGUUUGUAUCGAAACAAGGUAGCAAGAUUGAUUAUGAGUUGUUAGCCUUAGGUAGCUUGCAGGAAGUUCGGCAUGUGUUUGCAAGGAUUGUUUUUGAUACGGUGUACCCUAUAAACCCUAGUCGAGAUCAGAAUCAGAGAUAAGUAGUUUUGCAAGGAUUGUUUUUGAUACGGGGUACCCUAUAAACCCUAGUCGAGAUCAGAAUCAGAGAUAAGUAGUUGCAUGUAAAUUACAGGGGGGAAAUAAAAUAGAAGUCUCAUACCAAAUAUAGAAUCAAAUUAUGAGAAAAAACACAUUCUUUUGUUCUUGAGUUAGACUAGAACUUGUAGUUGCCUCUUGUUGAAAGUGAAAUAGAAAAUGGCAUGUUUAAAGGUA